AUGUCAGCCCCAGAUGUUGUGCCUGGUGCAGCGGCAGCUGCUCCUGGGGAUGCCUCUGAUGUGAACACAGUCGUUCGCAACCUUCUCCGUGUCAGCCUGAGCGCCAAAGAGUACCGGGCUCUCCACGGGGUUGCGUCCAAACGGAUCCCCACCAUCCAGAACAAGUUUCCUUCGCCGUCGCGUUACGAUGCGAUUGUACUCUCAGCAAAUAGGCAUAAUGAGGCUGCUCUUCGUACCUCGCUACGUGUUCUCGUCGGCUCAAACAUUGCAUUGAAGCUUGCCGAAGCGAUCCUAAGCCGCAUUCGAGGUGGCUCCAGCGAGAAAAAACCACGCACCACGCUUUUCCGCUCCCCGAAUUUCCGCCUCUCGAUCUCGCUGUCCCUCUUACUUCUGCUUCACCGUCUACUUUACCGUUUUCUUGUGCGCUUACGAGCCAAUCUCCGCACCGAUGAUGCCAAACCAUUUAGGGAGCGAAACCCGCGCAUUUCGCGUGCCCUAACCUCGCGUUUUGCGCCUGCUGUUGGCGCUAGUGUGGCAGGCUUUGCGUUAGGAAUUUGCCCCCAGGACCAGCUGCGGUUGACGGCGGCCAUCUAUACGAGUACCCGGAGCUUGGAGUUCCUCUAUAAUCUCAUGGAUUCCAAAGGCUGGCUGGAUAAGCGCCCUUGGUGGUUCGGCAGCUGGCUGCUGAUGCCUCUCUCGUGCGCUCAGCUCUUCCAUGCCUUUGUGUUUGACCGAGAGACUACGCCGAAGUGGUUUGGGAAUGUCAUCCUGAAGCUUUCGCCGAGCUAUAUCGCUGCACGCCCAGACUCACUGCCAGACGACGUCGCCUGGCCCGAGAAGGAACAAAUCGUGGAUUCUCUUGCAUCGAUUGCCGAUUUGCGCUGGCCGGCAUUUGUAUCGCCGAUUCUCCACCCAACUGACCCCAACACUCUACCUUUGUCGGUGAAGUCCAUUUCCCCGAUCACUGGACCUGCGCACCCCUCGAUCUCGCGCCUCUCUUGCGCUCUACUUCAUCCCAGUGUUCCGGGCUGCAGCACUGCCUUCUUGCACCACAUUCUCCUCUCGGUGCCGCCGCUGGCCCGAUUUCUGACGACCGUCACUCUAGCCCUGACCAUCCCCAAGCUCAAGAGCGUCCUGGCACAGCCGAUCACCUCUAUUAAUAACCUGUCCAAGAGGAUUAUCAUUAUGACUACUGUUAUCUCGACUGCAAUCGGCUCCGCCUGGGGCAGCGUUUGUCUCCUGAACAGCACUCUGCCGCGCUCCACCCUCCCAACCAAGCGGUUUUUCCUCAGCGGUGCGUUGGGUGGUCUUCCAUUCCUGUUCCUGAGUAACAGCCGUAGUGUGUUCCUGUACUUCUUCCGUGCGGCCGUGGACUCGGCCUGGAAGACUGGCGUCAAGCGCAAGCUGUGGAAGGGUGGUCGGGCUGGCGAGCUAUGGCUCUUUGUGCUCUCAUGGGCCGUGAUUGGAUCUCUGCUCGAGGCACACCCCUCCACCAUCCAGAGUGGUGGCCUCCGUAAGGGUCUGAUGUGGUUGCGAGGUGAUGGAUUCAAUGAUCCCGAGGAGGCUGAGAAGCGCAAGUUGCGACGGGUGAAGAAGCCGGAGACCGAAUAG